AUGCUGUUGAUCUCGUACGAUGAGGAAGAAGGGCCGCAGAUUUAUCGAGUGGAUCCAGCCGGAUAUUAUCGUGGAAUGCGUGGUGUUAGCGUUGGAGUGAAACAGCAACCGGCGAACAGUUUUUUGGAAAAGAAACUGAAGAAGAAAAACGAUUUCACUUACGAUGUUGCAGUGCAGCUGGCGCUUGAGUGUCUGCAAACGUCUUUAGGCGUCGAUUUAAAAGCUGCUGAAGUGGAAGUUGCUGUUGUUUCAAAGGACAAUCGAAAAUUCAGGUACAGUCCCAGUUCCAGUGCUGACAUGCUUUAA